GGGGCACGACCCGCCAAUCACUAGCUGACUUUGCGGCUGGUUCCUGCAUGCUGAAACCAAUCCCUCCAGGAAUAAGGGCACCAUUCGUCGUUAUUACAUCUCGUCGUCAUGACUAUCAUAUGUCUUGGUACACAUCUCACCACCCCUACCCUCUCUCAUCGACCACUUGAGCCGCACUUUCUAUGAAUUAGAAGGUCUGGCCGAAAGCCUCUCGAAGGGCUCAUCAUGUCGCGAGAGAACUCCCCGCAGUCGUCAGAGCGAACUCCGCUUCUGUCGAAUCACGACGAGUCCGAUGCGAACCAUGUUGAUCAGCCCAACGAGGCUGCCUCGGUCUCGGAAUCACUAGACGCUCCUCAGACCAAACAGCGCAAGCGAUGGCCAACAGCUAUCGCCCUGUCAAUAUUAUGUGUCGCCGUGGUCUUAGGAUGUUUCGGCCUCGCCCUUCCGUCUGUCAUCCAAGAAUACGCAAAGGAAGCAGUUGUACUUGAACCUUCAAACAUCUCCAUCGAUUCGUUCACCGAACUCGGAAUCCGUGCCCGGCUCCAAGGUGAUGUGUAUCUGGAUGCGGGAAGAGUCAAGAAUAAACCAACACGAGAUCUUGGAAGGUUUGGUACUUGGAUUGCAAGAGAAGUGCAAAGUGGAGAGACAGAGGUCAAUGUCUAUCUCCCCCAAUAUGACAAUAUCUUGUUGGGUACGGCGACAAUUCCACCUGUGAAGAUCAACAUCCGGAACCAGCAUUCCAACCACAUGGAUAUACUGGCCGAUAUUGAGCCUGGCGACAUUGACGGAGCAAGACGAAUAGCGAAAGACUUUAUCGACGGGAAGUUGAAAGAGCUUGCCGUCGAGGCUGUCGCCACUGUUCCCGUACGGAGUGGUCUUAUUAAACUGGGCAAGCAGACCGUUACCCAGUCUUUGAAGUUCGCUGGUGAUACGGUGCCCAGCGUCCCAAAGAUUGACUUUCAGCGACUUCGAAUCGCCGAAUACGGCAUGCCAGGACAUCCCGAAGGGGUCAAAGCACAAGCGGUCGUCUCUGCGAUGAAUGACUUCCCUCUCAAGUUUGACCUGCCUCCAUUGUCCUUUGACGUACUUUUGCCAGAUUGUGACGACGAUUAUUUACUCUUUGGAACCACCAAGACCGAGGUCGUCCAUAUACUACCAAAACAGAACAUCACCGCAAGUGUGGUGGGUCUGGUACAGCAGCUACCAAAUUCGUUGACUUCGGCUUGUCCGGGUACGAAGACGUCACCAUUGGAUAGUUUGAUCGGAGACUAUUUGGCUGGAAGGAAUACGACAGUCUACAUUCGUGGAGGCAAACAAGAUUCGAACACCCCAGAGUGGAUUGGAAACAUACUACGUGAUACUACGUUACCAUUCACGCUUCCUGGACAUCCUUUCGACAAUUUGAUCAAAAACUUUUCCAUGGCCAAUGUACACUUUUCCCUACCAGAUCCGAAUUCGGACUCACGACCUAGACUUUCUGCCGUGGUCCAGGUCCUAGUUGGACUACCUACGGAGAUGAACGUCAAUUUGGACGUCGACAAGGUCAGGGCUGACGGUGAUGUCUUCUAUGAAGGCGAGCUCAUGGGAAAGCUCGAUCUGCGCGAAUGGCAAGCUUCCAAUGCCACCAAAAUCGAUAAUGAUCUCUUGAUACAGUCGAUUGUCAAAGACGCUCCCCUGGAGAUUGCAGAUAACGGCGUAUUCUCAAAAGUCGUCAAGCAGAUACUUUGGGGCAAAGGCGCAAGACUCUCCGUCCACGCCACCGUGGACGUGAACAGUCUUACUGCACUGGGAGAGUUUGUGGUGCGCAACAUCCCCGCCACGGGGGAUAUCUUUAUCAAACCACUUUCUGGGGCUGGAGAUUUCAAGAUGCCAGAAGUCACGGGUAUGGAAGUCGUCGAUACAUCGGAAACCUCAUUAACUCUGCAGGCAACGGUUAAUAUGACCAAUCCCACCGAUUAUUCGGCAUCAAUACCAUUCUCCAACGUCAGUACCUGGGUCAACGGGACCCGCGUUGGCUGGGCAUGGAUAUCUGACAUGAAUAUUGUUCCCGGUCCGAACGAGAUUCUUGCUCGAGCAUCUUGGGAAGUUGGAAGUAUAGGCAGGGAGUGGCUGUCCCAGUUCAUCUCCGGUUACAACACGUCCCUGACAAUCAAGACUCACGCUGGGACUAUUCCUCCACUUCCCGAUCCGGGUCUCGAAAUGACUGUGCCCACGCCACAUAUGUUUGGAAAGUUUCUCCGGGAAACGACGAUGCACCUGUUCUCUUCUACGGCCACGUUUCUACUGUUCUCGCCCUUUGCCAUGUACGUUACCAGCAUUGCAGCUACUGCAUACUAUAAUGAUACAGAAAUUGGCACAAUUGACUGGGACUAUCCAUUUGCCAUUGAAGUGGGUGAAAACGUGUCACCUCGACUACCGGUCGCUUGGGGCAGUAAUGCUAUAGGAACAAUUCGAGAUGCCAUAGGAGGUACAUUGAAGUUGGAUGCCAAAGCUGAUGUGGGCGUCAGAAUCGGUCAUUGGCAAGAAAAUAUAUGGUAUGAAGGAUAUGGAUUGGGAGCGAAGAUUCGCUUGUGAAAACUUUCAAGCGU